AUGGAAAACAGCAGGAGGAAGGAGAGGACCAGCAGAGCAGCUUCAGCCCUUGGUGUCAGACGGAUUCUGAGCAAUUAUUUAUGCAAACCUGAGGACAACGUUUACAACAUUGACUUCACCAGGUUUAAGAUCCGGGACCUUGAAACUGGAACAGUGCUGUUUGAAAUCGCAAAGCCGUCUGCUGCAGAGCAAGAUGAAGAGGAUGAAGACGACAGCAGUGAACUGGACGCUAGUGCAGGCCGCUUUGUUCGUUACCAGUUCACCCCAGCGUUUCUCCGUCUUCGGACCGUUGGUGCAACAGUGGAAUUCACAGUGGGAGAAAAACCAGUGUCAAACUUUCGAAUGAUUGAGAGACAUUACUUCCGAGAUCGCUUGCUGAAGAACUUUGACUUUGAUUUUGGCUUCUGCAUCCCCAGCAGCAGGAACACAUGUGAACACAUCUACGAAUUCCCUCAGCUCUCAGAAGACCUUAUCCGUCUGAUGGUUGAAAAUCCGUACGAGACCCGCUCAGACAGCUUUUACUUUGUGGACAACAAGUUGAUCAUGCACAACAAGGCCGACUAUGCUUACAAUGGAGGACAGUAAUCAUUCUGUGUCCACGGGAUGCUGUACUGCCGUUAACGGUUCUGGAUGUCCAGAAGCGGACUGGAGUCGCUGUCUCGUACAACAAGGCUUCUUGCCAAACCUUUUCUCCUUGCAUGAGGCUGGAAACAAUGAAGCAAAGAUGACAGCUCGUGAAAGUAAAGGAAAUCUCCCUGCAACACUUCUCUCUCCAACACUCAGCAUAUUCCUGCCUCUCGUCCUCUGUGUCUGGAUACUUUCUGGUACCUUGGUUAGGUCACGGAUCAGAGGCACUGUUAGAAAAUUCUUGCUGUUACAUUCUUAGUAGUUAGGUUGCACCUUUAGUGCUCCUGAUGUUUCACGUAUUGGGUGACUGCCCUCUUUCAAGAGGUCAGAUUGUUUGGGUAAUCUGUUUCUUAGCGGAAAAAUGUUACCCUUUCAGGUAGCCAGUGACGCCUGAAGAGCAGAACUCUUCUUCAGUUGGAUAGAUCGUCUCUUUAGCGCACAGUGGUUUAGUCUGUAGCAUGGCCGACAUUGCUUUGUAGAGCGCAUCCCAAUACUCUCCAGUGAGAAGGAGAAAAUAAGAAACUAAUUCAGCUUCU